AUGAGCCUCGCCAAGUUCCGCCCGACGGUCCUCGCCGUCAAGACCGCCUCCGCCGCCGCACUCUCCGCCCCCGCCAUCCUCGCCAUCCUCGCCCACUUCCAGCACAAGCUCCCCCGGGAGCACAUCGUCUAUGCCUCCUUCCCCAGGGACGCCCAGACGGACUGGUUCAAGGGCUUCGGAUUCCUGCACUUCCAGCCGGGCGCGAUGAGCGAUGCCGCCCGCCAGGCCGCCUUCGACUACCCCAGGAAGCUCCAGCCCCCGCCAGCCCCCGGGGGUGCCCGGAGCCGGCUGGAGGCCGAUGCGCUCGGCCGGUUCGGCGCACUCCGACACUGCCCCCUCCAGGAGAUCCCCACCCCAGACACCCCUCAACUCACGCUCGCCAGCUUCCUCGGCCGGAUCCCCCACCAGCCGCCGCCCAGCUCGAUCAGAUGCGUCGUCGAGCUCGCGCAAUCCAACCAUCUCAACGCGAGCGGCAUCCAGGCCCGCGCGAUGAGGGGCCCGGGACACCACCGGCCCACGCUGAGCCCUGAACAGUUUGAGACAUUCCGGAAGGCCUUCCAAGCCUUUGGGGGCUUCAUGAGAUAG